UAUAUUCUCGAUUUAUAACCUCAAACCAACACAUCGCUAGCUAUCAGAUAAACAGAGCAACUUGAAUAGGGUUGUGUAGUGUGGCUGUCGAAAGUCUCAGUUCUCAGAAAUGUGCUUGCAUCUUUACAGAGGAACUAGGUGUUAAAGUGUUUGGCUAAUAGCUCAGUCUGCACUAAUCAGCAAACAACCCAGCAGCAGAAGUUGAGUUCGGAAGCGCAGCAAACGGCAUUGUGAAGCUUACUUUAUGAGAACUCUGCUUCCAAUUCAGUUCUAAUGGAAAACACAACGAAUUCAACUUCAGAAAAUGAUUAUUAUUAUAAUACAGAAGAAUAUUCUGUAGCCAACCCUGAUGAGGACGUACCUGUACAUCUUGGAUACUGCAGGGAAGCAGCAUGUAUAAUAAUGGUGAUCUUUAAUGUGAUCAUAUUCCUUCUUGGCAUCAUUGGAAAUGGCGCGGUGAUCUGGAUUACUGGUUUUAAGAUGAAGAAAUCAGUGAACACCACCUGGUACCUGAGUCUGGCUCUCUCUGACUUCAUUUUCUGCGCUACUCUCCCUUUCACCAUUGACUACAUCUUGAAGGGGAGCUGGAUCUUUGGGCUCUUCAUGUGCAAGUUCAACUCUUUUGUUAUGACCCUCAAUAUGUACAGCAGCAUUUUCAUGCUGGUCAUCAUUAGUGUGGAUCGCUGCAUCACCGUCAAGUUUCCCGUCUGGGCCCAGAAUCAGCGCACCGUACAGAAAGCUUCUGUAGUUGUUUUGUUAGUUUGGUUCGUGUCUUCUUUGCUUAGCAUUCCACCUGCCAAAUUCAGAGAUAUUACAAAUCAUGGAUCAAAAGACAUAUGCUAUAGCAACUAUGAGCAUCACCACAAAACUGUUGUGUUAAUGCGCUUUACUUUUGGGUUUUUGAUUCCAUUCCUGACCAUCUUCACCUGUUACUCCAUCCUGAUCCGUAAACUUAGAGCAAACCAAAUGUCCAAAUCCACUAAGCCCUACAAGAUCAUGACGUUACUGAUCACAACUUUUUUCAUCUGUUGGUUGCCAUUUCAAGUAGUUUCCAUUUUAGAGUUGGACCGAACCGAGCACAGCUCUGCCUUUCACAUAGCCCAACAAGUAUCCGGCAGUCUCGCCUGUGCAAACAGUUUUCUAAACCCGUUCCUCUAUGCAUUCAUGGCCAAGGACUUUAAGAAGAAAUGCUAUUCCUUUCUUUCCAAGAUUGAGAGCGCCAUUGAUGAGGAGACCCGAAGUGCUUUCAGAGCAACUUCAAUCACCAAUUCUGUGGAUAACAGACAUUCCACUGCUUUCUGAAACUUUAACACGAGUCAUGGACUAAAGAGGAUUCUGGCCCAUAGAAACGAUUUGGCAUUAAGUAGUGCAGUUAUUUUGUCUGUUGCAUGUUUGAGCUUGGAAAAUCAAAAGUAGAAGUUAAGAAAAUUUAAAUAGAGGUUCAAUAUAAGCUACUUUACAAGUCCUUGUAUUUUGUCUAUGAUAGCUAUUUAAUAUUUACAGUUUUUAUCUUACCAUGUUACUGAUUAACACAUGGGGUGGGUUGGAUGGGGAAUUUAGUUUUUUUUUAAUGUUUUUUGAAUGUAUGUAUUUAACAUCAUUUGGGCAAGAUCAACAAAUGUUGUCAUGCUCCACAUCUCUCUCUUUGUUUUACUAACAAAUACAUAAAAAAUAUAUAAUAAAAAUCUUGUCUAACCAUUCUGUUUCCUUAAGUGCUGGGAAUUCUCUUAUUCAAUAUGCCUAUAAAUUAAAUCUAUUCACAAUACAUUCAGAAAGACACAGCAUUGUUUAUUUUUGAUGUGAUAAACAUUGUGAUACUUCCUUUCUUUCAAUACUUCCUGCUUAUAAGCAUUGCAGAAAUAUAUUGGCAUGUAUUUGGUAGUUUAUGCUUUAUUUUCUAAGAUUUAUAGACCUGAUUUGCCGUUAUCAUAAAAAAAUAUGCAGGGCUGAAGACUGUAACUCAAAUGGUUGCAAUGUAACAAAUGUGAAAAUUUAAGACAAUAGUUUAAAACCAAGUCGCCUUGGCAUCCGUAUGUGGUUCCUGUAUCA